AUGGCCACUCGGAUCUUCGGAACAGAUGUUGGCUUAUGGACAAGGCGAACUCUCCUAUGCGCGCUCCAUGAACUGGAUCGCAGAGGUCAGGAUGUUCAAUAUGGAGUUCAGGACAGCAAACAAGCAUUGAUAAAUUUCUUACAAGUCGCUGAGAGAAGCAUGUCGGCACCAGAGAUACAACAAUACCAUGCGAUUUUUAGAUUGAUGCUUCGCAAUGAAUCUGCGCUACAAGCAACACGUGUCUCAGCAAGACACCGGCAACGGGCAGCCACCAGAGGACGCGUCAGACGAGAAGCGGCCUACGGCACAGUCAGAAAUACCGCACAAAACCAGCAUUGCACACCUCAACAACUGCAGUGCAAGUAUCACCACCUAGCCAAGACAGAAGCCAAUGAAGAGGAAAUAUCAGAAGCUGCCGGCAGUAGACCUGCUGGAAAUGAAGCGUGCUGCGUAUGUUGGAAAGCAGAAGUUGAUAUGGCGAAGAUGUCAAAUGAUUGUGAUCAUGACCCUGAGAUGUGUCGCGCUUGUGCAGCCAACUACUUAAAGCAUAAAAUUGGGGAAGAUGGUACACCAGCGGCAGGUGACGAGGGCUACCAAAUGAGCGACGUUGUCUGUCCUGCACGUGGAUGCCGUUCUGUAGUAAACUACGAUGUAGUCCGUCAGUAUGCGGAUCCCGCAACAUUCCAGCGAUACGAUGACUAUAUAACCAGACAGGCAUUGCGCGGCAUUUCUAAAAACAUCAAAGCAUGUCCAAAUCCAGAUUGUGGAAUUAUGUACGAGAGAGAAUCAGGAAGCUCUUACAUGACGUGUGCUCGAUGUGGAUGGGAAUUCUGUCACAAUUGUGAUGUUCUAUGGGGACAAGUCACGAGAUUGGGAAACCGAGCUCAUAGGCACAAUUGUGUCUUAUACAGCGAUGUUGACGCCGGCGCCGGUAUCGAUUUCUUCGAAGUGCAAGCCAGGAAUCGUGCAAUCGGAGAUCGGGCGAUAAUAAUCGAUGAUCAAGAUGAUACUCCUGAUAGACAGUCUUCAAGACCACCGACGAUUGACAAUGUGCCAUCGCCAAUCCGAGUCAACACAUCUCGUCAAAUUCAGCGCCAGGAUCGAUUCCACAAUUAG